AAUACAAAAGACUACGUGCUCUGCUUAAAGACCCUCGCCAUGAUUGUGUGCUGUUUGCCAAUGAGUUUCAGCAGAACUGUUACUGCCCCAGAGACAAGGGAGAGUCUCAGGAAAAAUGGCAUACAAGGUGAACCCUCAAGAAACCUGUCAAGACAUAUUCAACCACACAUUUGCUGUUUUUGGUUGUUUACUCUGAGAAAUGUAUAAUGAAGGAAGUAUAUACUCUGGGUCAUGCUACUCUUUGCCAUUUUAAAAACGUUUUCUUCUAUACCCAGUUCAUUUUAAAAGUAAUUUAACAGUUACUCGAAUAAACAAAUUUUGUAGAAUCUCCCAGUGUUUUAUAAGUUCAUAUAAGCUGCAGGCUUGAUAAUUACAAGAAUCAGAAUGAACAGCAAUCGACAAAUUUACCCUUUAACAAUGAGAAAAGAUAAAUAAUCAAUGUAAAACGAUUAUUGUACUGCAUUCCAUUUUGCAAGAAUCCUCUCUUUUCUUGUGGUAUAAAUCCACAGCACACCUCUUUCCUUUACAGCGGUUUACCUGUGCUAUUCUAUCAUUUAUUUUUCAAUUGAUUUCAGUUUCAGACAAGGUUUUUAUAUUAUUCCUACAUUGUUUCAAAAGUCAGUAAGUAUUCGUGUUAAAUUAUCGUGAUGUCAAUAUUAACGUGAUUAUGAUUUUUGUUCACAAUCGAGCCGCCUCCGUUUUAGAAGUAUAAUAUAAUCCAUCCAUUUUCUACCGCUUAUCCGAACUACCUCGGGUCACGGGGAGCCUGCGCCUAUCUCAGGAGUCAUCGGGCAUCAAGGCAGGAUACACCCUGGAUGGAGUGCCAACCCAUCGCAGGGCACACACACUCACUCAUUCACUCACGCACUCACACCCUACGGACAAUUUUUCCAGAGAUGCCAAUCAACCUACCAUGCAUGUCUUUGGACCAGGGGAGGAAACCGGAGUACCCGGAGGAAACCCCUGAGGCACGGGGAGAACAUGCAAACUCCACACACACAAGUCGGAAGCGGGAAUCGAACCCCCAACUCUGGAGAUGUGUCUACAAUGCAGCAGUUUGGUACUUUAACCAUCUGGCUGGACUGAUGCCUGUAGUAAUGCUUGCAGAAGAUUGUGACACUAUCUCUGAAUUUAAUGCCCUAAACAGCGGAGUGUAUGUCAUCUCAACACAGGAGUACUUGGCAAGUUUCUGGCCAGACCUGCAGGCAGCUCAAGAGCUGUACAACUCCAUUGCUCAAACACUUCAGGAGCGAGAGAGCGAGGAAAUGGAGAAGGUGUAUGCUGAACAUCUGCCCGCUGAGGUGCUGGAGGCUGGUAUUAAAUCUGGCAGGUACAUCCAGGGAAUUCUGAGUGUGAACAAACAUCGGGCCCAGCACGAAGCCUUCGUCCGUUAUGAAGGCUCUUCUAACAAGAAUUCAGAGCUAAACAGUGAUGUGCUGCUCAACGGAGUGAAGCAUCGUAACCGGGCGGUGCAUGGAGACAUGGUGGUUGUAGAACUCUUGCCAUGUAAUGAGUGGAAGGGGCGGACUACGGCACUAACAGAGGGUCAGGGGGAGGAGCGGACGAUGGAGGACACACAGAGCCAGCCCAUGGCCACAGGUAGGGUGGUGGGUAUUCUGCAGAGAAACUGGAGAGAUUAUGUUGCGAGUUUUCCUCCUCUUGAGGAGGUGCAGUCGCAGAGCCGUAAUUCACAGAAGAUCCUGCUUAUCCCGUGGGACUACCGCAUCCCAAAAAUCCGCAUCAGCACACAGCAGGCCGAGGCAUUGCAGGACUGUAGAGUUAUUGUGCGUCUGGAUUCAUGGGAAUGUACUUCUAUGUACCCAAAUGGCCACUGCGUGAGGGUCCUGGGUAAAUCAGGCGAGCUGGAGACAGAGAUUCAGACCAUUCUGUUGGAGAACUGCAUCCAUGUGUCUGCAUUCUCAGAGGCCCAGUUGCGUGAGAUGCCAGUUAACACAAAAGAGAACCCGUGGCAGAUGGACAGCAGUGAGGUGUCCUCUAGACGGGACCUGAGAAACACUCACUUGGUGUUCAGUAUUGAUCCUAAGGGCUGUGAGGAUGUAGAUGACACCUUGUCUGUUCGAACUCUGCCGGGAGGAAAUCGUUUAGAGCUAGGUGUUCACAUCGCAGAUGUCACUCAUUUUGUUAAGGAAGGCUCUCUAACAGACUUAGAGGCACGGUUGAGGGGAACCACCUACUACCUGGCGGACCGCAGGUAUGACAUGCUCCCUUCAGUGUUAAGUGCAGACCUGUGCUCCCUCCUUGGUGGCGUGGACCGAUAUGCCUUGAGUGUGCUGUGGGAGCUGGAUGCUAAUUCUCUGGAUGCUUGUAAGGUCUGGUACGGUCGCACUCUUAUCCGUUCUUCCUAUCAGCUUCACUAUGAGCUCGCCCAGAGCCUGCUGAAUGGAGAGGAGGCUGAGGUGCCUGAACUAAGCCAACUGAAGGGCUCUCAGCGGGAUCAGAAACUGGGUGAACUUUUGCAGGCCCUGGAGACCCUGACAAGGGUGGCCAGACACCUCCGGGCACAGAGGGAUAAAGGAGGUGCUCUGGAGUUAGAAGGGGUGGAGGUGAGGGCUCAGCUGGAUGAGGACAAAAACAUUACUGCCCUUGUGCCCAAACAGCCUCUGGAGGUUCAUGAGACUGUGGCCGAGUGCAUGAUCUAUGCCAACCACUGGGUGGCACGCAAGAUACAGGAGAGCUUUCCUCACCAAGCGCUUCUGCGUCAUCACCCACCACCCAAACAAGAGUACUUUAAUCACUUGAUUGAAAGUGCAAAGGCCAGGGGCUUUAGUAUUGAUACCAGGUCAAAUAGAGCUCUGGCUGAUUCUUUGGAAUGGGCAAUGGACCCUCAAGACCCCCUGGUUAACAGGUUGUUGAGAAUGAUGGCGACCCAGGCAAUGUCUAAUGCCCUUUACUUCUCUACAGGGGCCUGUCCAGAAGAACAAUACUAUCACUAUGGUCUCGCUCUGGAUCGAUACACUCACUUUACUUCUCCAAUCAGGCGUUAUGCUGAUGUAGUAGUGCAUCGGCUCCUUAUGGCUGCCAUUCAGCUGGAGAAGGAAGGGUCCCUUAACAAGGCCUUGGCCGGUAACAGAGAACUCGAGGAGCUGUCUCAACAAAUCAACAACAAAAACAGAGCAGCGCAGCACGCACAGAAGCAGUCCACAGAGCUCUUCCAGUGCCUCUACUUCAAAGACAAAGACCCUCAAACAGAUGAACGCUGUGUGGCUGAUGCUGUCAUCUAUGCUGUCAGAGCGAACGGAUUUCUCAUCUUCGUACCACAGUAUGGAUUGAAGGGAGCGGUAUACCUUAAGGAUCGGGAUGGUCAAGUGGUCAGCAUCAGUGGGGAUGGAAAGUGUGAGUGGAAUCCCGGGACGUUGCAAAGAUACCCUGAUAAGAUCAGCACAUGCACCAGCACUGGAACCCAUACCUUUUACCUAUUUGACCAUGUUACGGUUCGUAUUUCUGUAAAACCGUCCGGUUGCCAUGCUGACACAUUGUGUCUGGAGCUUAUCAACAGCAAGCCUCAUCGUGCCAUGCAACCCGAGUCACAGCCAGCUGGCAGCGGCCGUUCUGAGCUGGUUCAGGAAGUCGUGCGCUGGGCAGAAGAGGCCUCGCUUCAGGCUGAGGAGAAGAAGGGAAGAAAGUCCAAACUGAGUAGGGAGGAGAGGCAGUUUAGACAGAGCAAAACACCAAACCUCUAUGUUAUUUUACAAGAAAUCAGUGAGCUUGCCCUGCAUGAUUUGUCUGCCUGCCAGAUCACAAAUACAGAAGCACAGAUGUGCACUACAUCAUCUUAGCUUUAUAGUGUCGUACAGUAUUUCCUAGAUAUAAUACCUUGUGUAGAUAAUGUGCAGAGUUUUAAGUCUAGAUUUAAUAUGGAUUGAAGAUUGAUUCCAUGUGUCCAGAUGUGCUAGUUCUAAUCCAGACUUUUCUUGUUUAUAUGUGGAUUUGAUGUAAAACCAAACAUGUUUAGGAAUUAUAAACACUUUCUUUGUCCAGUUUUGGCACAUUCUGUGUUAAUAUGAUGUUGUGUAGGGUUCGCUGGCAGAUACAGUAUUUCCUAAAACAAUUGAUGAUCACAAGUUACAAAUCUAUUGAAAGGUGUUCUAGUGGUUUUAUAUGGGCUGAGAUUCUCUGAAGAAUUUAGUCUUCUAAAUUUAGAUUUCUUAAAUCUACAUCAGUCUAGCAGUAUAGUACGUUCACUGUUUUGAUACCUUUUGCUUUGUUCCAUUGAGAAAACUUUUCAUUCUAAAUAGCAAUAAGAGAAAAUGGGACUUAAUAUUUAAGAGAAACCAUUGUGUAACUGAUUCUUUUCUAGAUUGUUCAUAAUGCUUUACAUUUUCCCCAUGAAGGGAUUUAAUCGUGACGUUUUUAAAAGAAAUAAAAUGUAUUUUUCCAUUACUAAAACUACUAGUUC